AUGCUAAGAGAAGAGAGAAAUUACAAUCGACGACGCGCUCAAGAGACGCGCUUAAAUCCGGAGUUAGUGGACCCUUUGUUCGAUCCCUGGCUCGGCGUGGAGCCGAGUCGUGAUUCUGAGGUUUUAAUAAAAAUCCAGAAGCAGUUUAUAAUUGGAUUAAUUAUACUUUAUACUCUUUUACACAGCAUAUUAAAUCCCACGUGCAAAUAUAUAUAUAUAUAUAUAUAUAUAUAUAUAUAUAUAUAUUAG